UCUCCAGUCUCCUGUUGCUGCUUUCCACAGCACAGGGAGAAACAAAUACGGCUGCCACGAAGAUGACUUCUCUGAUCGUGUUUGCAUUCAGCAUAAACAUGAACCUGCUCUGAUAAGGUUUUAUAUGAGACUCAGACUGCUGCUGACAGGUGCGCGCUGUGACCGGAGAGGAUGGGCAGACGGGAGUUGGACAGCAGAGGCGCAAUGAACACCGGCCGGCUCUCCGAGCUCGGCUGUCUGCAGGACGCGGCGUCCAGCAGCAGCAGCCGGCAGGACGGCGAGCAGCUCCGCGGGAUGGACGGCCGUCGUCCCUGCCGGGGAAACGCAGACGUGGGGGCGACGAUGGAGCGGGCAGCGGGUGUCGCGGCGGCGCCGCUGGAAGUCAAGAAGCACCAGCACAAACAUAACUUGAAAAGCCGCUAUGAGGUGAUGGAGACGCUCGGGAGAGGCACGUACGGCAAAGUGAAGAAAGCGGUGGAGAAGGCGAGCUUCAGGACGGUGGCGAUCAAGUCAAUCCGGAAGGAGCGCAUCAUCGAUGACUUGGACAGAAUUCAUAUUCAGAGAGAGAUUGAGAUCACCUCAUCACUCAGACACUCCAACAUCAUCCGCUUCCAUGAGGUGUUCGAGAGCCGGGAUAAGAUUGUGAUAGUGAUGGAGUACGCCAGCAGAGGAGAGCUGUAUGAUUACAUACAGGAGAGGAGGCGACUGCCAGAAUCAGAAGCCAGAAGCAUCUUCAGACAAAUCACAUCUGCUGUCCACUACUGUCACAAGAAUGGUGUUGUGCAUCGCGACCUCAAGCUGGAAAACAUCCUUUUAGAUCAAGAUUUGAAUGUGAAGCUGGCCGACUUUGGCUUAUCAAAUAAUUUCCAGAGGGGCAGUCUGCUCCAGACCUACUGUGGAAGUCCACUCUAUGCUGCUCCAGAGAUAGUGAAGGGGCUGCCAUACCAGGGGCCAGAGGUUGACUGCUGGGCGCUGGGGGUGUUGCUGUACGCCCUGGUGUACAGCAGCAUGCCGUUUGAUGGGACCAGUCAUGCUAAACUCACAGACCAGAUCACCAAAGGCCACUAUCGCAGACCCAACCCACCCUCAGAUGCCUGCGCUCUCAUUGACUGGCUGUUGACAGUGCGCGCUGAGGACAGGGCCACGAUAGAGGACGUGGCCAACCACUGGUGGGUAAACUGGUGUUAUGAAGAGAGUGUGUGUGACUGUCCGUCAUCCCCACACCAAGAAUGCCCCUCCCCCCUGCUGGCCCGCUACAUCGACUGGCAGAAUCAGGCAGCUACAGCUGGCAACAUGACCGUGGACCCAGGGUGCCUGUCCUCGGACUUCUCCUGUCCUUCUCAGCUCACUCCUACUGCUUUUUACUUCAGUUUACCUCUGAAGAAAGACGGUGGGGCAGGAGGGGGAGGAGGAAAGGCAGGUGGAGGAAUGUUGAGCCUCAGGAAGUCACGAAAGGAAAAUGCAAUUCCCCAAACUGCACUGGGAGCUUGUGUUGGCUCAGCAACUGCCUCUUCUGCUUCAGUUUCCUCCACCUCCACCUUUGAAAGAAGGAAACCCAAAGGAAUAUUAAAGCAUCAGAGGAGUUUAGAUUCUGUUUUCCAUAAUCCCCCCGAGGAGAACUCUUCCCCCCAGUUGUGUAACACCGCUCCCCAGCCUUAUCGGACACAGACACUUGCUCACACACGUGCCGAUGUCUUGUUGACAGGCCUUCCACUUCCUUCUACAUUCAGUCAGCCUUCAUCCAAAAUGCCAAAGAAGGGGAUACUGAAAAACCAAAACUUGGGAGUGUCGGGUUAUGGCUUAUCCUCUGAGAGAAGGGGCUCAGGAGUGGGAGUUAAGGAGGGUGAUGCAGGUCAGUCGGGUUCUCACAAACAGCACACAUGUCUCCCGGCAGCAGACGAUAGCCCCAGCAUGCGCACAGAGACAGUAAGGAGGCGGAAAGGUAUUCUUAAACGUAAUGGCAAGUUCUCUCGCAGUCUGGAUCUUCCAGACAACCCAUGUUCAUCUCCCUCUUCAGGACCUUCAGUAUUCCCCGAUGCUCUGCAGCAGCUUCUUCAGGUCAAAGGGGACACUGAAGGCCGCCAUAGCCGCCCUUCCAGUGUGGUGAGUGAGGACAGCCUCUUCUCCUCCGAUUCCUUUGAUAUGCUGGAUCUCAGCGUCCAGUCACGUCGCAAGGUUUUCUCCAAGGGGAUGCAGCACGGCGCUUGUAGCUCUGAGGAGGACUUGGAGCAGCUCAGAAUAAAGGCAGGCAGGGUUGGCGAUGAGUUAAAAAGUUAAAAAGGAAAUGCUGAUAUAAGGAAUGGUAAAACAAAUGAGUUUAAUGCCCAUUUGCCUGUGAUAAAUCAGUGCCUGUGAUCUUGUAAUGACUGAACUGUGAACUCUAGCAAAGAUUGCAUCUCAAGCUCACUGCCCCUCCUGAGUACUGCACUCUCAAAGCACUAUUUGUUGACAUGUUUGCCUGUAUUAAAUGGGAAAUUGAACUGUAUCUUAACAUGUAUUCUGGAUGCAAGUGAUACUGAAAGGAGAGCCACGAUCCACCACUGUGACUGAAUGUUCUGUUUAGCGGAUUGACUUUGACCUCACCUGCUCAAUAGAUACUAGAUAUUUAUGCUCACAUAAGCCUUGAAAAUGUGUGUCUGAAUGCUGUGAUCUGUUUAAACCCCAUUUUGGACAUUCAAAUCCAUACAUCAUUGGAAAGACACGUUUGUUUCCAUCAACAUCCUUUUUUCUAGAUGCAAAACAAGAGAAACAUAACAGGGGAAAUUAAGGAGCGGUCAACACUACAUCAUGCACGCAUCAAUGACAGCAGAGUGAAAGGGAAACUCGAUUUUUAACACAUGUGAGGAUCAUUGAAAAAAAUAUACAUAAAUAUUGUGAUAAAUAUAAUGAAUUUCAUGUGUCCAUCUUUUUUUCCACACUGUUUUAACACUGAUGCUGGUUUGAUGUUGCAUCCUUUUUCUGCUAUGGAUAAUUAAUUGUGUCUAUCAGUUAUGUUUUGACAUUUAACUCCACAUAUAACAGUAGUGGAUGAAAACAAAUACAUAUUCGUAUUGUGUUAAAGCCUGUCUGAAUUGUGAUUUAAAUUCUGUUUUUGGUGGGAAUCCAGAGUACAGACUUCUCCAUUUAUUUUCUAAACCUUUGUAUGAUGUCUUAGAAAACACUUUGUAUCUUUUAUAAGCCUUAAAUAAAUGUUAAUAAAUAGUUUCUAGCACACUCAAAUGUAAUUGUAAGAAGAUUAAAGGACACUUUGGCAGAUCUGUGAAGACAUUUUAACAUAAGAGCAUCUGUUUUACUGUUCAACUCUGUUAUUCCUUUUUCUCCAACAUCUUGGAAAGUUUAUGGAUUGUAGGUUCUCACGGAAGUGACUGUGGUUGUUGAUGCACUGACAACCAAAUGUAUGUAACGCUAUAUUAAACAGACCUGUCAGCUGGUAUAUGUUUAUGUUCUGCUUUCACACCUGUACUUUAUGUUUGAACGAGAGGUGGGGUACACCCUAUAAAAAGGUAAUUUAUAAUGUUAUAAAGAACAUUUAUUCCUAACAGUGUUGUACUGUGGACAGUUGGUGCUCUUUUGCACCAACGCACACACGAUGAAUAAGAUAUUUAUUGACCACUUUGCUUUUUACCAUAAUGCCACCUGCACUGCUAUCAGUUUAAGGUGAUGUGAACUGUGGAUUCUGUUUAUUGUGAUCAACUAUUUCAUAAUUGUUGGUGGGAAAUAAAUGUGAAUCUUAACA